AUGCCUCGGGGGCAGAAAAAUAAGCUUCAAGCUCAUGAGAGAAGCCGCCAGGCCAAAGGUGAGACUCAGGGCCUCCAGAGUGCUGAGGCUCCUGCAGCCAAGAAACAGCUACGCCCUUCCUCAUCUUCUCCUCAGUUUAGAGUUACUACUCAGAGAAAGUCUGCUGCUGUGUCACGUGGUGCUCUCAAGGGGCGUCAGAGAGCCCUACCCACCACAGCGUCUGUAGAUGCUUCUUGCACAAGAUCAUCCACAAGAGCCAACCGCAAAACCAAGAGAAAGCAAAGUUCUUCCCAGGCCCCAGUCUCCACUGUGGAGUCUCCCAGAGGCCCUCUAACCAAGAUGGCAGGUACAUUGGUACAAUUCCUAAUGUACAUGUCCAAAAGUAAAAAGCCUAUUAUGAAAGCGGAUAUGCUGAAGAUUAUCCCUAAAAACUACAAAAAACACUUCCUUGAGAUUCUCAGAAGAGCUGCUUUCAACAUAGAAGUGGUUUUUGGUGUUGACCUAAAGGAAGUUGAUUCUACCAAGCGAUCCUAUGUUCUCGUCAGCAAAAUGAAUCUUCCCAACAAUGGGAUAGUGAAUCGUGGCAGGGGUUUUCCCAAAACUGGUCUGCUGAUGAAUCUCUUGGGUGUGAUCUUCACAAAGGGCAACUGUGCCACUGAGGAGAAGAUAUGGGAAUUCCUGAAUAAGAUGAAGGUCUAUGCUGGGAAGAGACACUUCAUAUUUGGGGAGCCCAGGAAGCUCAUCACCCAAGAUUUCGUGAAGCUUAAAUACCUCGAGUACCGCCAGGUGCCCAACAGUUAUCCUGCACGCUAUGAAUUCCUUUGGGGUCCCAGAGCCCAUGCUGAAACCAGCAAGAUGAGAGUCCUGGAGUUUUUGGCCAAGAUCCAGGACACAGCACCCAGUGCCUUCCCAGCCUUGUAUGAAGAGGCAUUGAGAGAUGAAGAAGAGAGAGCUGAAGCCAGAGAUAUUUAG